AUGAUAGGCAACACAUCGAGUAUUACUGAAGAGGAUGAAUCCUAUAAUAAUGAUGAGUAUAAUUAUGAUCGGGUACAAUUUGUUGUUGAUCAACGACCAAAUAUCAGUCUCUCUAAAAAUCAAAAUGAACCAAUACCACCAAUAACAUCAACAUCAACAACUGAUUCAAAUUCAUGGAGCAUAUUAAAUGUUAUAAAAAAUUUUCUCUCCAUUUCGCCAUACUUACUUGCUAAAGCAGAAGAACAACUAUAUCAAAACUUAAAGAGACAAUAUUAUGGCGAAUACAUACAUAUCCGUGGCGGUAAUCUAAUUUGGACAGUUAAAAGUUUAAAUCCAUCAAAAACCACUAUUCCCAUUGUACUUAUGCAUGAUUUUGGUUGUGCUAGUGGUAUAUGGAUACUAAAUAUAGAUUUUUUAAGUGCACGUCAUCCUUUAUACAUGUUUGAUAUACUUGGUUUUGGUAGGUCAUCGCGACCAAAUUUCGAUCAGACAAAUUCAAUAAAUGCUGAAACAAAAUUUGUCGAAACAAUUGAAGAUUGGCGUAUAGCUGUUGGUUUACAAACAAAAUUCUAUUUAGUUGGACAUGGUUUUGGUGCUUAUUUAGCUACUGUAUAUGCGCUGAAAUAUGGCGAAUUUAUUAAAAAGUUAAUUCUUCUUGAUCCAUGGGGAUUCAAUCAAAAACCUGAUGAAAAUCAAUUACAUUUAAGUAUACCAUUUUGGAUAAACAUGCUUGCGCGUCUUAUGCAAAAAUUAACAUCAUUUUCUGCAUUCCGUUAUCUUGGACCUUUAGGUUUGCCAUUGUUAAAAAUAUUUGCACCACGUUGGAAACGUUUGUCACCAGCCGAGCAGUCAGCUAAAAAGUCGAACGCACUUUAUAAAUAUUUAUAUUAUGUUAAUACUCAACCAGCAAGUGGCGAUUUAGGUUUUCAAGCAAUUGCAUCAUGGUAUGGUUGGGCAAAAGAUCCUAUAGUUCAAUCGGAUCAUACACGCAUAGAAAGUAUAUCAGAUGACAUUCCGCUUGUAUUUAUUUAUGGUUCACGUACGAAUAUUGAUAAUACAGCUGCACACCAAAUUCUUCUUCAACGUGGCUCAACUAAUACUUCUAUUAAAACUAUUCAUAGUGCUGCACAUUUCUUUUUUAUGGAAAGGCCAAUUCAAUUUCAUGAAGUAAUGAGUGACCUAUUAAGUGAUUUACCGCAAAAUGUUCCUACAUUAGCAUCGGCUGAUAGCACUAUAACUACAGCAAUACUUUCACAAGUGAAUAAAAAAAAUAAAACAAGUGAUAUUUUAGAUAAUAACGAGAAAAGGAUGGCGACGACGAAUGAACUUUUAUUGUCUCCGGAUGAACAAUUGACAUCACCUUCGAAUGCAAUCGAUGAAAUGAUUUCAAUGGCACUUAUUCAUGAAAAUUUAAAUAAUCAAAACUCUCCUAUAGAACAAUUACCAACAGAAUCUACUAAGAAAAAAAUUUCGUCGACUAGCCGUUUUCGUACAAUUGAAACAUUAAAACGACUUUCAUGGAAAAAUAGUGGUCCCGAACAAUUAGCACGUGCUGAAAUGAAAAUAUUUGAAACAUUAAAAUCACAAUUUCAAGGUCGUUAUAUUCCUGUUUUAAAUAAUACACAAAAAAUUUGGUCGAUUUGUGCAAAUUUAACAUCGACCAAUAUUCCUGUUGUACUUAUUCAUGGAUUUGGUGGUGGCGUCGGUUUAUGGAGUUUAAAUCUCGAUCAAUUAUGUCUUGAUCGACCGGUUUACGCUUUUGAUCUACCCGGUUUUGCACACAGUAGUCGACCAGUAUUUAGUCGUGAUCCAAUUGAAGCCGAAAGCCAAUUUGUUGAGAUGAUCGAAGAAUGGAGAAUAAAUAUGGGAUUAAAUGGACCAUUUAUAAUACUUGGCCAUAGUUUUGGUGGCUUUCUAACUGCUGCCUAUGCUAUUCGCUAUCCGAAAUAUAUCGUGCAAAUUGUUUUAGUUGAUCCAUGGGGUUUCGGUCAUAAGCCAGACAAUUGGCAAACAUCACCCAUGCAACGUAUACCACCAUGGUUACGAUCUUUUUCAUCAGUCAUGAUGAAAUUUUCUCCACUUGCUGGACUUCGCGUUGCCGGACCGUUUGGUGUUCACAUAAUGAAAUAUCUUCGACAGGAUUUACGUGUUAAAUUUCAAAAGUUAUUUGAUGAUGAUAGAGUAUUAGAAUAUUUAUAUCAUUGCAAUGCUCAAGUGCCGACUGGUGAAGAGGGUUUUCGAACAAUAAGUGAUCUUCUUGCUUGGUCAAAAAAUCCUAUGAUUGAUAGAAUACAUUUAAUUGAUGAACGAAUUCCAAUACAUUUUCUUCACGGUGAACAAUCAUGGAUUGAAAUUGAUUCAUCUUGGAUAGCUCAAGGAAAACGUGAUAAUGUAUUUAUAGAUACGAUGAAAGAUGCGGGUCAUCAUGUCUAUGCUGAUGCACCCGACGAAUUUGAUAUAUUUUUAAAGAAAACUCUAAUGAACAAAGAAUGA